AUGCAUUCAAAUCACUUGCUGCUGGAGGAGCCAAUCCGGAUGGCCUCCAUAUUGGAGCCAUCCAAAGCGAAUUUUUUCCCGGCCAUGACGAAGAUCGUCGGGACGUUGGGCCCACGCUCCCGGUCGCCGGAAGUUAUUUCCGCUUGCCUUGGUGCCGGGAUGUCUGUGGCAAGAUUUGAUUUUUCAUGGGGCAAUGCUGAGUAUCAUCAGGAGACUCUGGAAAAUCUGAAGGCUGCCAUCAAGGGCUCUAAAAAACUCUGUGCUGUUAUGUUGGAUACUGUGGGGCCUGAGUUGCAAGUUGUCAAUAAAAGUGGAGAAGCUAUUACACUUAAGGCAGAUGACAAUGUUAUUCUGACUCCUGAUCAAGGUCAAGAAGCUUCGUCCGAGAUUUUGCCUAUCAACUUUGCUGGACUGGCGAAGGCUGUGAAGAAGGGAGACACCAUUUUUAUUGGGCAGUACCUAUUUACAGGAAGUGAAACCACUUCUGUGUGGCUCGAGGUAAAUGAAUUGAAAGGCGAUGAUGUGGUUUGCAUUACCAAGAAUUCUGCAACUUUGUCUGGAUCAUUAUUCACAUUGCAUGCUUCUCAAGUUCGUAUUGAGCUGCCAACUUUAUCUGAAAAGGAUAAACAGGUCAUCAGCUCAUGGGGUGUUAAAAACAAAAUCGAUUUUCUGUCGUUGUCUUAUACACGUCAUGCAGAGGAUGUUAGACAGACCCGUGAUUUUCUAUCCAAGCUUGGUGAUCUUAGUCAGACACAAAUCUUUGCUAAAAUUGAAAACGUAGAGGGUUUAACCCAUUUUGACGAGAUCCUGCAGGAGGCCGAUGGCAUCAUCCUUUCCCGUGGGAAUCUUGGAAUAGAUCUUCCACCUGAGAAGGUGUUUUUGUUUCAGAAAUCAGCCGUUUACAAAUGCAACAUGGCUGGAAAGCCAGCAGUGGUGACUCGUGUUGUCGAUAGUAUGACGGACAAUCUAAGGCCCACUCGUGCAGAGGCAACUGAUGUGGCCAAUGCCGUUUUGGAUGGAUGUGACACGAUUCUUCUUGGGGCUGAGACCUUACGUGGGCUAUACCCUGUUGAAACUAUUUCUACAGUGGGCAAAAUUUGUGCUGAGGCCGAGAAGGUUUUCAAUCAAGAUCAAUACUUCAAAAGGACUGUAAAAUUUGUGGGCGAGCCCAUGACUCAUCUUGAAUCUAUUGCAUCUUCAGCUGUCAGAGCUGCCCUUAAAGUGAAGGCAUCGGUUAUCAUAUGUUUCACCUCAUCGGGAAGGGCUGCCAGAUUGAUAGCCAAGUAUAGGCCAACAAUGCCUGUUUUAUCUGUCGUCAUCCCUCGGCUCAAGACAAAUCAAUUGACGUGGAGUUUUAGUGGUGCAUUCGAGGCGAGGCAAUCUCUCAUAGUACGAGGUCUUUUCCCUUUGCUUGCUGAUCCUCGGCAUUCUGCCGACUCCACGAAUAAAACAAACGAUUCCGUUCUAAAAGUGGCGCUCGACCAUGGGAAAGCCUCGGGAGUGAUUAAGUCACACGACCGAGUCGUGGUCUGCCAGAAAAUCGGAGAUGCAUCGGUAGUGAAGAUUAUCGAGCUUGAAGAUUGA